AUGAAGCGAGGGACCUAUCUUGGCUGUUACAUCGACAACCCAGAUGACCGAGACUUCCCCCAUGUGACCACCAUGACUUACACCAACGGUUACACCACCUGCAGUCAGUACUGCGCAUCACUGGGGUACAGCUACAUCGGACUGCAGUACGCCAUCGAGUGCUUCUGUGGCCACACCUACGGUAAGCACGGCCGAGCCCCGGAGUCUGACUGUUACUACGGCUGUUCUGGUGGAACCGGUGGCAAGUGUGGCGGGGACUACAGGAACACUGUCUGGGACAUCGGUGAUGUCGGUGGAAGUACUGGUGGUACCGGAACAAGCGACAACUUGGAGCUGGUGUUUGAGGACACCUUCGACACCCUGGACACGACCAAGUGGAGGCCAGAGGUCACCGCAGGGGGUGGUGGGAAUGAGGAGUUCCAGUAUUACAUGGGGCAUCCUGACAACCUGUACGUACAGAACGGAAACCUCUACCUCAAACCGACCCUGGCUUCGGAACACUACGGAGAGAACUUCAUGACUUCUGGUUACAUCGACUUUUGGCACGGUUACAACUACGUCGGAUGUUUCAACGACGGCGGAGACCAGGACCUGACGAACAGUCUACUGACAGCUGGCGACAUGAACCCUGGGAAAUGUGUGACGCACUGCGCUAACGGAGGUUACGAGUACUUCGGGCUGAAGGGGACAGAAUGUCGCUGUGGGAACAGCUUCGGAAGGUUUGGUGCCGGCCACGGGUGUCACAUAUCCUGCCCGGGCGAUAGCGGGAAGGAAUGUGGCGGAAAUGGUGUCACUUCCGUUUACGGACAAACGUACGGUGACUGCACCUCGGACUUCCCCCAGGGCCGGGCAUGUUUCCUACAGGGUUCCAACAACGCCCCCCUCCCACCCAUCCAGUCCGCCAGGGUCACCACUGUGGAGAGUUUCGCCUUCAAGUACGGAAAGGUCGAGGUCUGGGCUAAGUUGCCGACUGGAGACUGGAUUUGGCCCGCAAUCUGGCUGCUUCCAAGAGAUAACGUAUACGGUGGUUGGCCAGCAUCCGGUGAAAUCGACAUCAUGGAAUCCAGGGGAAACCGGAACCUGUACGGAUCCUGGGGUGGAUCCAUCGGAGUUGACGAUAUGGGGUCAACCCUGCACUGGGGACCAAGAUGGCCAUACAAUGGCUUCCAGCAGACAACCGCAUCGAAGCACACCAGCUCCGGUACUUAUGGGACUGACUUCCACAAGUGGGUGCUGACUUGGACCGACACCUAUCUCAAGGUUGAGGUUGAUGAUCAAGAGGUGUUGCUGGUCUCUCCUCCCACCAACUUCUGGGACAUGGGCAACUUCGGUCUGCCGGCGUACGAGAACCCGUGGGCUGGAGGCGGCAAGAUGACGCCAUUCGACCGAGAGUUCUAUCUGAUCUUCAACGUUGCUGUCGGCGGCACCAACUACUACUUCCCUGACGACGCCACCAACCAGCCGUACCCGAAACCCUGGAGCAACAACAACUCCCGUGAGGGCGCCAUGAGGGACUUCUGGAACGCCAAGAACCAGUGGUACCCCACCUGGAACGGCGAUGACGUCGCCAUGCAGAUCCAGUCCAUCAAAGUCUGGCGAUUCGUCUAAGUCUCACGAGAUUUCGCGUACUCUCGUGAGAUUACACGAGAUCUGUAUUCUCUCGCGUGACUUUGCCAAGAAGGGUCAUUUUAGCAUUAAAUCGUACACAUUAUAAUUUCUAAUUAUACUCUGAUACUCUGUCUCAGAGUAAUAGAAAUAACUUGCUUAAAUCAGUGCUAUGAAAAACAAAAUAAAGAGAAUUUAAUCCACACAA